CUUUUUCCUUCUGUUUUUUUUUUUGCCCCUUCAAUUCGGAACGGCGAGAGGAACGCGCACACACCCUCGUCUCCUCUUUUGGCCCUGUUCAUGGAUCCCAAGGGCUCAAAGCAUCACCAUCAUCAUCAGCAGCAGCAGCAGCAGCUGGAACAUCAGGAGCAGCAAUUGCCCAGUUUCUUGAGCCUACCUCAGUCCCACCACCACCACCACCACCACCACCACCAGCAACAGCAACAGCAACAACCGCAGCAGCAGCAGCAAAGAACGCAUCAGAACAUGGGAGAGAACAAACCGGCGGAGAUCAAGGACUUCCAGAUUGUGAUUGCGGACAAAGACAGCGAGCAGAAGAAGCAAUUAGCCCCCAAGCGGAGCUCCAACAAGGACCGCCACACCAAGGUGGAGGGCAGGGGCCGGAGAAUCCGAAUGCCCGCCCUCUGCGCCGCCCGGAUUUUCCAAUUGACCCGGGAGCUGGGCCACAAGUCCGACGGGGAGACCAUCCAGUGGCUCCUCCAGCAGGCCGAGCCCUCCAUCAUCGCCGCCACGGGGACCGGCACCAUCCCGGCCUCCGCCCUCGCCGGCGCCGCCGGCUCCGUCUCGCAGCAGGGCGCUUCCAUAUCGGCCGGACUGCACCAGAAGCUGGACGACCUGGGCGGGCCGAGCGUCGGGCCGGGCGGCAGGCACGGCUGGGCAAUGGCCGGCGGGGGCGGGAAUUUGGGAAGGCCCCAUCACGUCGCCGCGGGUAUCUGGCCCGGGGUCGGCGGGUUCGGGUUCGGAUCGGCGUCGACGUCUGCAGCCGCUGCCGCUGCCGCCGCGAAUUUGGGGGGCGAGGGGCCGAAUUACUUGCCGAAGAUCGGGUUCCCAGGGUUCGACAUGGCGGGCGCGAACAUGGGUCCCAUGAGUUUCAGCUCAAUUUUGAGCGGGAGUAUGAGCAAUCAGCAGUUGCCUGGAUUGGAGCUCGGGUUGUCAGCUCAAGAGGGUCAUAUUGGGGUGUUGAACCCGCAGACUCUGAGUCAGAUUUAUCAACAGAUGGGUCAGCAAGCUAGGUCACAACAGCAGCAGCAGCAGCAGCAGCAUCAAGAACAUCAACACCAGCAGCAGCAAUCAGCUGCUAAGGAUGAUUCUCAAGGGUCAGGAGGACAGUAGUGGAUUUUUUCUCUCUUAAAAAUGGUUAUCAAAAUCCGAGAUAUGAGGAGGAAUUUAGGGGAGUUUUUUUGGGGAAGAUGUGUGUUUUUCUGGGUCGUAAUGGCGUUUCUUCUAUGUUGUACCUAGUGAGUUCAUAUUUUUGGAGAUGGAACACAUUUUUCUUUCCCGAAGGAACCGGAUUUAGUCUGCUUCCUCCAAAAAUGUCUUCCAAUUUCAUGGCUUUGAGUCUCCAUAUACAGAUGAGAGGUUGCACAAGCAAAUAGCUUGGGUUUGAGCUUUGAGGUUUUCUUCUUACUUAUUUCAGAGGUGUGUUGAUAGUGUAGAGAUCCAUCUUUAGUCAUUGAUUCUGUGUAGGCCUCAGUGGAGUGGCGAUCUGCUCGUUUGUGAAAUCAGAGUGAUUCAUAAUCAUAUAUGCCAAAUUUCUUUCACA